AUUGUGUUCUGUCUGAAAAUCUUUGCGACUGGAAGCAAGGAGUGUUUUCUCUGAACUGCAUUAAGUGUUUCUAUCUCUUCUCAACAUAUUUUCAUUGGUCAAGGCAAAGAAAGGCCUGAAAAUAUUGAUGCUUUUGUUUUGUCUGUAAACUGUAAAGUGUUGAAAAAACAUGGCUCUGAGAUGAUGCUGAUUCUGUCAUCUUUGUAACUUUUGGAAAAGAAGAUCGAAGACCCAUUUUCUAUUGGAAGGGGCGCUCUAGAUUGUUGCAGAAAUGAUUAAGGAAUGUGCAAAGGAGCUUGUAAUUUGAAAUCUUGUGUUGAAUUUGUUGAUGGCAUCAAUUAGAAGAACAUUGUCUCAACAAGGUACUCUAGUUACUGGGGAGGCUGAACGCUCGCUUCCUUCUCCUCUGUCAAGGUCAUCAUCAUGUCCUCGAACCACUCAUCGAUAAAUGGUGGAUUGCUAUCUUCUCUUUUUGGUUUAUCCGAUUCUCAUGCUUCGGAUUUUGGUGUUUCUUCGCCGAGACCUUCUAGGCCUGUUGAUAGGUCGAAACAGAAAGGACAAGUUUGGAGGAGGGCUCUUUUUCAUUUCUUCAUUUGUUUCAUAGUUGGCUCUUUUAUUGGAUUGACAUCAUUCUUUUUUGUGGACUUGUCUUAUAUAAACGGCAUUUCGAAGCAACAAGCAUUCUCUGUUGAGGUAGUAUCGACCGUUGGAAGUUUUCCAACUCAUGAAAGUUCAGAAAGAAAUGUAACUUCAAUAGUGGACAACACCGGAGUUGAAAAUAAUGUCACAUUGAAGACACAUGAAUUGGUGCAGAGACAGGAAAUGGUAGGAGGGUAUUUAGAUGAUGCGCUGAUUGAUCAAUCACUUCUUCAAGAUAUAAAUCUGGAAUCUCGGAAGCUUUUGAUUGUCAUAACUCCGACAUAUGCUCGGCCGCUUCAAGCCUAUUAUCUAACCCGCAUGGCAUACACAUUAAAGCUGGUUCAACCUCCUCUAUUGUGGAUAGUUGUGGAGAUGACCUCGCAAACUGAGGAAACGGCUGGCAUCCUAAGAAAGAGCAGGGUUAUGUAUAGGCAUCUUGUUUGCAAAACCAAUCUGACCGAUAUAAAAGACAGAAACGUUCACCAAAGAAAUGUGGCAUUAUCUCACAUUGAAACUCAUCAUCUUGAUGGAAUUCUCUACUUUGCCAAUGAGGAAAACAUCUACUCGAUCGAUCUGUUUGAGCAAAUGAGGCAUAUUAGGCGGUUCGGGACUUGGACUGUGGCCAAACAAACAUGGGACAACAGUGGAGUUAUAUUGGAGGGUCCAGUUUGUAACGGAACUCAAGUAAUUGGAUGGCACCUAAUUGGACAAAGCAAGAGAUUCAGAAGAUUCCAUGCUGAAAUACCGGGGUUUGCUUUCAACAGUACCUUACUUUGGGAUCCAAAACGAUGGCACCGACCCACUCUUGAACAGAUUAGACAGCUUGACACAGACAAAGAUGGCUUCCAAUCAGGUUCGAUUAUUGAAAGAGUCGGGGAAGAUGAAAGCCAGAUGGAAGGCUUACCUUCGGACUGCUCAUGAAUCAUGGUUUGGGAACUUAAUAUUGAAUCAUCUAACUCAUUCCAUCCUCAAAAAUGGUCGAUGAAGAAUAAUUUAGACAUUAUUGCUUCUCUUGAAUGAAGUUCUAUACAUCAAAGGACUUGGUUCUGAUUGUCGAGGUGAGUGUCACUUCUUUCUCAAGUAAUCAAAGUAUUUGUUCUGAAAAUUUUGCACGUGUAAUGUUAGAAGUCAACGUAGAGAUGAAGUAACUUCAUUGAACUCGUUGUUGAGGUGAGAAGAAAGAUAAACAACAAAGUAAAACAAAAAAAAUUCUGUGCUACAAUGAUUAGUUGAACAGUGGAAAGGUAGAAUAUUUUGCAGACAAUUGUAGUCAUAAUCUUUGUACAGCAUAUUGUAUUUUGCAUUUCCGCAUUGCCUGCACAUUUUGGUUAAGGGAAAUUUUAUGCCACUGGUUAGGAAAGGAUGGUUCUCUUUGGAGUAAAAUAGAAAGCGAUUUUACUUAUUUGUUAUCGGUCACUCAAUUGAUGACAAAAAGACAGGACGAAAAAGCACCAAAUCAAAGCAAUCGACCUCCAAAUUAGACAUCUAUUUCAUCAC